AUGCAGAUAUUCUGCACCUUACUGUUCGCAUUCAGUCUAUGGAUGAUAGCUUCUCCAUCAUCACUCUCUACUGCAAUACAGUUCACCGGGAGCCCCACUGUCAUGGCGCUGCUAGAACCAGAAGUGUUAACAGUCCAACUUGGGGUUGCCAUAGCAGUGCUGGCCACAUUCCUCUUCUUUAUAUCUUUCAUGGGAGUCUAUGGGGCCCUUACCAAGUCACAGUUCUUGCUUUUUAUGUACGCAACACUGGUGCUGCUUCUACUCUUGCUAGAAUGUGCUCUGCUCUUCUACUUCUCUUCUGGUUUGAUGGAGAAAGGUGUUCGCAAAGAAGACGGCCAGUGGUCCCACGCCAUUCGACUCGCUUUGACAUGCUGUGAGCACAACAACACGUCUCCAGAAAUUGAUAGAUCGCCUUGGUCCUGCUGUGGUCCAGGAGGGUACCCUAACAACUGCACUUCUAGUAAUAUUUACAAAAAGGAGUUUCCUCAUUUCUGA